AUGAUGGUGGCAGGAAGACUAAUCACCUGCUUCCAGAAAUGGCCUGCUAUCUACGCAACCACUUGCUGUGCCUCACUUCCAACCAAAAUUCUUAAUACAGGAACAUCCCUCACCACAAUCCUAAUACUGUCAGUAGCUGCCCUGCUGUCCACAGCAGCCCCUCUGAGCUGCCGUAUUAAUCGGUCUUUCCAUUAUGGAGGAAAAAUGCAACAAUCCUUUACUUACCAUCUUCAUAUAGAAAAAUCCUGUUAUGGAACCUUAGUCGAGGAAUGUCUUGAAUCAGGGAAAAGUUGUUAUAAAGUAAAAAAUCUAGGAGUAUCUGGCAGUCCUAAUGGGGCUGUAUGUCCCAAAGGUAAGCACUGGCUUUGCUUCACCAAAAUUGGACAAUAAGUAAACACUCAAGUGCUUGAAGACAUAAACAGAGAACAGAAUAUUGCCAAAGCAAAAGCAAAACCAACAACUACCCCCAAAAAUCACCUGUAGUAUUUCCAUUCCUUUAGACAAAACUACAAGCAAACGUAUCCCUUCCCAAGCCAUGAAAAAAAACUGUUUGUAGAUCUAGAAGAACACAUUGUGCUUACCAUGAACAUUUCCAAUUGCUGGGUAUGGGAGGGAGCUCGUAUAGGUGAACAGUGGCCAUGUCUUGGUUAUUUCCCAUUCUAUUUCCUCAUCUCACAUAACCCUCUGCACAAUGUCGCAGACAUCCCUGGUUUCCGCAGACACCUGUAUAUUCGGUCUCGAGUUUUGACUCCAGUCCAGAUCCCUCGCCUUCUCCCCAGACGCAAUGCCUAUGGGGAUUCCUCACCUAGAGGACCCAUAGGCAAUCCACAUUCUCCAAAGAAAUGCCCUGCCUUGUUGUAA